AUGGACUUCAACUUCUUGCGGCUCCAGCCUUGUGAAGGACCCUUCUACGGCAUUGUCCCUAGCAAAGGGUCCUACUCGAUUGGCCGAGUUUUUUUGACAGUCACCUUUGGCACACAGGCUAACUACCGCACGGAGUACCUCACAUUUGAUGUGGUGAACUUCAAGACUUCCACUCAUGCCAUCCUUGGUAGGCCCAUGUUGGUGAGGUUUAUGGUGAUCCUGCAUCACACCUACCUCAUCCUCAAGAUGCUGGCUCCAAACGGAGUCCUCUCCGUCUAUGACGACAUUGAAAUGUCUUACAAGUGCGAUACCGAGAUAGUUCAGCUUGCGGAAGCCCUGGAGUACUUAGCAAAGGCCAUCGCCAUGGUAGUCGAGGCCUAG